CCUCCCAGCCCCUGGCAAUCUGACUAAUAACAAACUGAGCUAACAAGAAAGACUAGAAAGAGCACAGAGAACACAGAAGCAGCUAGGAUCUAAAAAUCUGACGAGCCGUGAUCAAGUAAAGCUGUGCUUAACAUCUUGUUUGUUUACUGCAUCCGAGUGCUUGCAAACAGUUAACUGCAUGCAGAAAAGUCAGCAUAGCUGAGAAGUAUGCUGUGAAUUUUAAUUGAGAGAAAAGGAAAACUGCUUACAGGAUGGUCUAAUGUGCACUCUGUCUGGAUUUUUUCUUUUCAGUUGUACGCUUUGUAUUUUGUCUUCUGAACAAGGAUUUUAACUUUAUGGAGCUGUAGUAUCACCAGAGCUUUCAGCAAAUAAACUGAGAAGAAAGUGCAUAUUUUUCACAGAGAAAAAUUACAUUACAUUCACACAGCUGCUUCAACUGUGCAUUACUGAGAAUUUCAGGGGGUUUUACUGCUGUACAGAAUCUGCUGAGCAAGAUGAAGCUCUGGAUUUUUGUGGUAUGUUCAGUUCUGGUUGCAUCUGAUCCUUUCCAGUCAGAAACAUCUUUUACUAGAAUCAGAGGAUCUUGUCAGAGUUUGUGUUCCUGUGAAGAAAAGGAUGGCACUAUGAUUAUAAACUGUGAAGAAAGAGGCAUCAAGAUGGUGUCAGAAAUAAAUGUCCCACCAUCACGGCCUUUCCAUCUUAAUUUGUUAAACAAUGGCUUGACAGUGCUACAUGUGAAUGAUUUUGCUGGCCUUGUUAAUGCUAUCUCUCUACAUCUUGGAUUUAAUAAUAUUGCAGAUAUUGAGCCUGGGGCUUUUAAUGGUCUCAACCUUCUUAAGCAACUUCAUAUCAAUCACAAUUCUUUAGAAAUACUUAAAGAAGAUACAUUUGAUGGAUUGGAAAAUUUGGAAUUUCUUCAAGCAGACAACAAUUUCAUCACAGUGAUUGAAGCAAGUGCCUUUAGCAAGCUCAGUAGGCUUAAAGUGCUUAUUUUGAAUGAUAAUGCUAUUGAGUACCUUCCUCCAAACAUAUUUCGUUUUGUGCCAUUGACUCAUUUAGAUCUUCGGGGAAACCAGUUACAGACACUACCAUAUGUUGGUUUUUUAGAACACAUUGGUAGAAUACUAGACCUUCAGUUGGAAGAUAAUAAAUGGGCUUGUAACUGUGAUUUGCUUCAGCUGAAGACAUGGCUGGAAAACAUGCCUCCUCAGUCAAUAAUAGGAGAUGUUGUAUGCAAUAGUCCUCCAGUUAUCAAAGGCAGCAUAUUAAACAGGUUGAAAAAAGAAUCACUUUGUCCCAUUCCUACUGUCAAUGAACUUGAAGAUCCUUCAGGGUCACUGCCCUUGGUUAUAACCACCUCUGUAAGUGAUAGUCACUUGUCAACUAAGGUCAUUCCUAUACUGAAAGCUCCUACUAAAGAAACAAAUUUAAUGCUUCAUACUUCAAAGCCAACUACACAAUUUCCAGGAAUCUAUUGUCCCAUUCCCUGUCACUGCACCAGCCAUAUGCUCUCAGGAGUUCUCAUGCACUGUCAGGAGCGAAAUAUUGAAAGCCUGUCUGAUUUAGGACCUCCUCCUACAAAUCCUAAAAAACUUAUUCUAGCAGGAAACAUUAUUCAGACAUUACUUAAGUCAGAUCUUAUGGACUAUGCUAGUCUGGAAAUGCUUCAUCUGGGGAACAAUCGUAUUGAAAUCCUCGAGGAAGGAGCUUUCAUGAAUCUGACUAAACUGCAGAAACUGUAUCUCAAUGGCAAUCAUCUUACAAAGCUAAGUCAGAAUCUUUUCCUUGGCCUUCAACACCUUGAAUACUUGUACCUUGAAUAUAAUGCCAUCAAAGAAGUUUUACCAGGGACAUUUAAUACAAUGCCAAAACUUAAGGUCCUCUACUUAAAUAAUAACCUUUUGCAGACUUUACCACCCCAUAUCUUUUCUGGGGUGCCACUUGCCAGAUUAAAUCUGAAAACAAACCAGUUUGCUCAUUUGCCAGUGAGCAAUAUCUUGGAUGAACUGGAUAUGUUGGUACAAAUUGAACUUGAAGACAACCCCUGGGACUGUACAUGUGAUUCAGUUGGACUGCAAAAAUGGAUACAAAAGCUGAGUAAGAGUACAAUGAUGGGUGACAUUUUUUGUAAAUCUCCAGGACACUUAGAAAAAAAACUGAAAUCCCUGAAUAGUGAAGUCUUGUGUCCAGAUUUAAUAAACAGCCCUGCCCUACCAACUCAUGCUAGUUUUGCAGUUGUAGCAACUUCUACUACUAGCAACACUGCAGACACCAUCCUGCAAUCACUUACAGAUGCUGUCCCACUUUCUGUUCUAAUACUGGGACUUCUAAUUGUGUUUAUAAUUAUUGUAUUUUGUGCAGCAGGAAUAGUUGUUCUUGUUCUGCAUCGGCGGCGAAGAUGUAAAAAGAAACAAGCCAGUGAACAAAUGAGGGAUAGUAGCCCAGUUCACCUUCAGUACAGCAUGUAUGGGCAUAAAACAACACAUCACACAACGGAGCGUCCAGCUGCAGCUCUCUAUGAGCAACGUAUGAUUACUCCCAUGGUUCAGGUCUAUCAUGGCCCAUCCUUCAGCCCAAAGCAUACUGAACAACAAGAAGAGGAAAGUGAGAAAGCAACUAAUGAUUCCAAACAUCUCUGCAGAAGUCUCCUGGAAAGAGAGAAUAGUUCACCACUUACUGGUUCAAAUGUCAAAUAUACAGCUGCAGAUCAAUCUGCAGAAUUUCUGUCUUUUCAAGAUGCCAGCUGCUUGUACAGAAACAUUCUUGAAAAGGAGAGGGAAUUGCAGCAACUUGGAAUCACAGAAUAUUUAAGAAAAAAUAUUGUUCAACUCCAGCCUGAAAUGGAAGUACAUUAUCCUGGAACACAUGAGGAACUAAAGCUAAUGGAGACACUAAUGUACUCUAGACCAAGAAAGGUUUUUCUAGAACAAACUAAAAAUGAGUAUUUUGAACUCAAGGCUAAUUUACAUGCUGAGCCUGACUACCUGGAAGUCCUUGAGCAGCAAACAUGAAGUGGUGACACACUGGGCUAGGGCCAAAUUUCUGUAUUCCAUUUUUAAGUUGGAACUGUUGAAAAUAAAAGUGCCUUGUAAUGACAGUCAACAGUAAGAAAUUAAGCACAGCAGUAAUCCUAGCAAAAAAACAAAAAAACAACCAAAAAACUCAGGGAUCACUGUGGGAAGCCAUGGGGUUGUGUGUAGACAAUAUGUCUCAACUCAAGUUAAACAUGAAUUGUGUGAUUGAACUGUGAGAGGAAGAUUGCUUAUUGCAAUAUUCCUUAGCAUUUUUAAAGGUGUAUAUGGCAUUCUCUUUUGUGUACCUAAUCUAUGAAAAAAUGUUUGUUACCUGUACUCUCUGUUUUUCCCCUAGUUUAAUUAGAUUCCUUAAAACAAACACAAAAAGAAAAACAAACAAGCCCUCACACCUGUGUUUGUAGUUAGAAGCUUAGAGUAUUAAGUAUUAGUAUGAGCACUGCAUACAUGACCACUGUCUACAACCACACCUAACGUACUCUUAUAAUAAAUAUGAAAGGAUUUAAAAUGUUGUCAUGCUAAAUGUCCGUUAAAAACAAAAAGAGAACAAAUUUUGUUUAUCCAUUCAUUGACACAGAGCCUGCAUAUAUUUAAUAUUUUAUAUGGAACUUCAUCAUAUGGAUUCUUUAUCAGUAUGAGGAACAAAAAAUAUAUGUGUUUACCCAACAUCUUACAAGAAGAUCUGCAAGCCUUUUGAUACUUACCCUAUCUGAUAGCUUUACUUAAGUUUGGACAAUCUUUUCUUAAGCUGCUGCUAUAAAAUAUUGUGCAUCACUGGUGUUUCAACUCAAGAUCGUGGGCAAUUGGAAAAGCUACUGAGGUUCAGCUGUAAAUAUAUUGCUGUAUUUAAUAAGUUUGAUUUUUAUAUAUCUAUCUAUAAAAAUCAUUUCUGUGCUGGCUUUAACUAUCCUCGGAGGAAAUUAGUUUGCUGCAACUAGGAACUUCCAGGUGCAAAAGCAGGUUCUUUCCCUCACUACCCAAAAGCAACUUCCAAAUAGAAUAACUGCAACAAAUCAUAUGUGUGAGGAACAGUAAUAGUAUUUAGCUGUUGUUUGUACAAAAUUGUUAUAUUUUGCAGAAUCUAGAAGAAAGUAAAGUGUUGUGGGAAAAAAUACAAAAAGAAAAAGUAGAAUGUCAGAUUUAUUUUUGCAAUGAAUUCUAGCUAGAUUUAUAUAUACUAUUUAUUCUGUAUAAUUUGUAUUAUUAUUUUUUUUUUUCAACUCACUAGAAAAGAAAAAAGCUUAUUCCUAGCUGCCUUUCAGGAAAAUUAAGAAACUGGUCAGUGAAAAUGAAAUAAAUAAUUUUUAAGUGUCUUUUUUUUAGAAUUCGCUUUUUAAAGAAUAAGGCAGCAAUUUCUUCAUUUACAACUUUUGAAUUGUUCAGAAAUUGUCAGAAGACAAUGCUGUUCAUUGUUGUUAUGUAGACAGGAUUGUCUUGGUGGGAGUGCAGUAAGGUCAUUCAGUUUCUGUGCAUGACUGACACAGUGCCAAAACACAAAUUUUGACCCUCAUAUAUCUUUCUCUGAGUAAAUCUUCUGUAAACUCACUAUGCAUGAAGAACUUCCAUUUUGCUAAUUUUCACUUGUAGAGCUAAGGAUCGACUGAAUUGCUGCAAGUCUACAUAGGAAUCCCAAAUUUUACAUUGAAGUCUUGAUAAAUAUAUUGAAGUCUUGAUAAAUAUCUCAAAGAGAUAUAUUCUUUAGUUUAUCUUACUGCUGAUGUAUUACCUAUAUGUAUAUACAAAUGUGAGUUCUUCAUUUUAUUUGCACAGAGGUUUAUACGCUUCUGACAUAUUUUUUUUGUAUAUUAUAUACACAAGUCAGAUUCUCAGUUCUUUUAAAUUGGCAUAAAGAUAACGUCCUAAGUGGUGUUAGUCUAUUUUCUGUAACUUGAGGAUCUGACCACUUGUCUCUGUUAACAAAUCAAUUUCCUUAUUAACAUUUUUGAGAAGUCAUCACUUUACUAUCGAAAACAAACUCCUUGGUUUCCAAGAAUCAAAAUGCUAUUUGUUAGAAAAUAAUAAUAUUUCUUCUUUCUAUAAAUGAGAGUAAUUUAGUUUAGAAUACCUCUGUAUACAUAAGAAUUAGGAAGAGUAAAUCUGGUUACAAUUUAUAUGUUUUCUUGCUGUCUUUGUUCUAGACAAGGGUAAUGCUGAGUACUACUUGUGGAGGUAAAGAAUAAGACAAAGUUAGAAAACUGAACUAUAUUAAAUUUACAUUAAUUUAAGUAUCUAGUGCUAUUAUAGCUAUUUUAAUAUAUUUUAAAGACAUGUGAAUGGACUUCAUGGGCCUGUCACAGAUUCUGUGGAAACCCAAACCUUGUUCGGUAGGAGAUACCAGAGUUCAAUUGGGAUUGCAUAGAGCAUUAAAAUGACACUAAUUUUCUACAUUUCAUCAAUUAAAUUCCACUCAGAAAAUAGUCUAAUAAUAACCAAUGAAAAAAAUGAAUUCAGUCAAUGGGAACUGACUAAUAACUGACUGAAUUUUCAAUCUGCCCUACAGAGGUUGUUCUUUUCUAAAUUCUCAGGGAUUUAAAAUUUGUGCAGAGAGAAAAAUAACAAAUAUUUAUAUGGUACAUUAUAAGCUUUAGUACUUUAGUAUUUUGGUGUCUUUCAUUUCAGUAAUAAUUUUUAUUAGCAAAAAUGGGUGUAAAAUUAUUACUCUGUAAUUGGCAAGAUGCAGGGAAAUGAUAAUUCAGGCCCUCAGGCUUUGAUUUAAGAGAAAUAGUUUCAGACUAAAGACAAUUGCCACAUGCACAGAUGUCACUUUGCUUAGCUGUUAACAGAAAAUUGGCAGAAUGUUGAGGACAACUGUGUGACAAAACAUUCUUCUUCAUCGCCAUCUCAAGGCUUCAGGAAAAAAGAAUGAGCUAAAUUCAAAGCAACUCAGUUACAAAGCUGUAUCAGAGGAUCAGUCAGAAUAAAUGAAUAGAGCUUUAGCUUUUAGCUUUCCCUCAGAUGGGAGAUUCACAUCAUUCAUUAUAUCAGCGUGACUGUACUCUGUGGUAGUCUGUAAAACUACAAUAAGUUUUGCAGUAUCCAGGAAUCACAAAAAUAUGUCACAUCAUCCAUUUUCCUAUCAUCUGUUCCUAUUGGACUAUCAUAUAUUAAAUGUUUGUAUGAUGAGGUGAGAGCAGGUCUGUCUGUUUUCUUUCCUCAUACUAACAUUCUAAGACUGUUCUUUUCCAGCUAUGAAGAAAAUGUAUAUUGCUAUAAAAAAUAAUUUGGCUUUAUAUGAUUAUUCUUCAGCUGAGGACAAUCAAUAUUAGCUGACACAAAUAAAACCAUAACACAAGAAAUAUAGUAUAUUUGAAAGGGAAAAAGAUGAAAUAUCUAUUUGUAAAGGUUCCUUGGAAUGUGUUCACUAUAGCAAUUAAAAAAGUUACCUAAUAUUGUUACUGUUUCUGGAAACUUGGAAAAUUUAUUCUAGAUUUUUUUUUUUUUUUAAGCCAUGUUCUGAUAUUUAUUUAUUUUCUCUAAUGAUAGAUAAAAUAAAGUGGUUAAAGAGGUUUCAUACCUUUCACUUAGCUAGAAUAAUGGAGGCUGGAAGAAAAUCUGGAAGCUUGACAGUCUGCAGCAAAGUGAAUCCAUUUUUUCUCUUCUCAGCACCAUCCUUAACUGUUUGCAAAAGUAGUGCUUUAUCAAGCACACUGGUGUACUUGACAGGUAUGUUAUUGUUGCUAGGGUACUUCAAGAUAACCAACACUACUAUUUUCCCUCUCACAUUUGAGAGAAGAAAAUAUACAAAAACUAUAUGGACUCAAUCCCUAAAUAAAAUGGAAAAAAACAACAACAACAACAACAACAACAACAACAACAAAAAAACACCUGUAUAUUUGCACUUAUUUAUUUUGGCUUUAUCUAUUUAACCUCAUGAAAGUCAAACACAUUUCCUCUUAUUUCUUCUACAUUUUUUUUCUCAUAAGCUUUUAAUAUUGAUACUGAAUAUAUUAACUACAGUAAUGCCUUUUCAAGCUUCUGAGCAGAAAAAAAAGCAACACUCCACAAAAACACUUUCUAUCAGAAAACUGACUUUGCAUGUAAAACAGUGCAUUUGCCUAUUCAGUAUUUUUACACAUUCUUCUCCAUUAGAAAUACAUAUCUUCUCUAACCGAAUUCUAAAAUGAAAAUGAGUCUGUACUUUUUAUCUGUGAUGUAUCAAAGUUACAGGAUUUACAUGUGAACUUUCUUCACUUGCAGUUAUUGUUUCACUAAUUGGAACCUGAGGAUCAGGUUCUGUCCCCUCUCUUCAUGACAAAGAAGUUCCCAGUAUAACCUCUAAUAGCAGCUCUUUAUAUAAUAUGCUGUUUAUAUACACAGAGGUUGCUAAUUGCAUACUAUUCUAAACUGAGAAGUUAUGUAUGACUGAAAGGGCAGUCUAUCUUACCAAGAUCCUGUUACCUGAAUAUGAAAUGUAUAUUCACUGCAUCAAAAAAUAUCAUUUCAGAGGGUUUAGACUUAGAGACAAGUGAAAAAAAAAAAA